UAAACCGGGUAACCAGAAAGAAGACCACGCUUAGCGGGGUAUAAAGGUACUGCUCGCGGCUACCUGGUCAGCAUUCACCCAGCAUCACUUCUACUAACAGUUCAUCCCUCGAGCAGCUCAUCAUGUCUUCUAAGAUGGUCUUCGUGUUGCUGGUGAUCUCGGCCGUGGCCACAGCCGACCUUCCCAACACUUACGGGCCUCCUCAGCAUCAGUCGCUGUACAAAGAGGAAGGCCGCCCAUACGACUUUUCCUACGAGGUCAAGGAUGACUACGCAGGCACCGACUUCGGCCACAGCGCGGAGUCCGACGGCAACACUGUCCGCGGAUCCUACACCGUCCAGCUCCCCGACGGACGCAAGCAAACGGUGUCCUACGUAGCUGACCACUUUAAUGGCUACCAGGCUGAGGUCAGCUACGAAGGAGAGGCUCAGUUCCCUCAUGAAUACGGCCCUGCUGUCACCUUCAAGCCCCAGCCCUCCUACCAGCAACCACAACCCACCUACCAGCAGCCUCAGCCCACCUACCAGCAACCACAACCAACCUACCAGCAGCCUCAGCCUACAUACCAACAGCCUGAACCUACCUACCAGCAACCUCAACCCACCUACCAACGGCCCCAACCCACCUACCAACGGCCCCAACCCACCUACCAGCAACCCCAGCCUUCAUACCAGUAAACAUCACUCGUGAAUGGAGCUCUGUGUCAACCAGUGCGACCACGUAUAUCUACACGUCCGAUAACGACAAUGCCAAGUAUACAAACCUUUUUUUCAUCAUAUCACUAACAAAAUGACUCAAACCGGUUAUUCGCUAGUUACAGCCCAGUUUGAGUAACGCCACUUCAUAACUCUAAUUAGCCAUAAACAAACAGGCAGUUCAGUCCAAACUAGUUUUAAAGUUUACGCAUCAAGGCUUUGAUUAAAACUUGAUUACAUAUGCCUCCUUCAAUAAUUUAUCUCGCAGACUUGAUUAACAAAACGCAAAAUUGUUACACAUCACUCCAAAAACGAAUAUCAAAUUUCAGGAUGUUGAUACAAAAUCUGAUUUUUAGGAUUCUAAGCAGAUCCUCAGGAGGUGAUAUUUAAUCAAGGUGUAUUCUCAACCAUUCAUCUGCUUACAACUAAAAGAGCUAAAUGCUCUCGUUAUUUUUUACGGUGGUCAUUUUCUGGUCGUUGCAACCGCGAUACAGAAUACAUGCUGCUCCCAUUCCUCUGUAUUUAUCAUAUGUUCCUAAAUCAGUGUUUAUUUUUGCUGUUACUGUUAGAGCUUUUACUUUAAGCCUGUAGGCUAGAGGUGUUGUAUUCAUUAAAUUGCUAAAUACCUACUUCAGCAGUCUGUUUUCAUGACAAAAUCAUACUAGUAGAGAUAAUGAUAUAAAACGACAAAAUAAAACUAUUAUAACACAAA